GCCGGGCGCGCUGCGGCAUGGAUUACCCCGAGCCCGGGACGCCGCAGGGCGCCUGGGACCUGCCGGGUGAAGCCAGCGGCUACAGCGGCGGCUGCUACGAGCGGGCGGGCCCGCGGGCAGGAGGAAGCGGCGGAGGAGGAGGAGGAGAGCCGAGGACUGCAUAUCCCCUGGCCCGGCCGCUCCGCCGCCCUCAGCAGCGCUCCUCGCCGCUUCUCCGCACCGCGUUCUCCACCUCCUCCUCCGAAGGGGAGCCGGAGGCGGCGGCGGCCGCUCUGCCGCGGGCACCCAGCCCGAGCCUGAGCGACGAGGCCGGCGGAGGCGGCGGCGACGACUUCGACGAGGCCGAGUCCGUCGCUUCGCUGCGUUACUCCACGGGCACAGGCGGCGAGGGCAGCCGAGGGCGAAGGAGCGGGGCUGGGGAGCGGCGGCAAGCGGCUUCUCCCUGGCGGCGGCCCGCCGCCGUGCCCGAGAGGAGGCGGCCGGGCGGGGGCCGUCCCCGCUAUGAGGUGGUGCGGGAGCUGGGCGCCGAGGAGGUGCGCUGGUUCUACCGGGAAGACCGGAAAACCUGGAAGCCUUUUAUCGGUUACGAUUCGCUCCGGAUCGAGUUGGCCUACCCGCGCUCUGGAGCCGGCGGCCCGCUUGAGAACCGGGAGAGCGAGGCGGCGGUGGUGGAGCCGGUGUGUGUGCGGAGCGGGCUCUACGAGGUGGAUGUGGCCAACGCCGAGUGUUACCCCGUCUACUGGAACCAAGCUGAAAAGAUCCCUGUAAUGCGUGGGCAGUGGUUUAUUGAUGGCACAUGGCAACCUCUGGAAGAGGAGGAAAGUAACUUGAUAGAACAGGAACACCUCAACAGAUUCAAGGGACAGCAGCUGCAAGAGAGCUUUGAUAUGGAAGUAUCAAAACCUGUUGAUGGGAAGGAGGUUCUCUACUACUUCCCUCCCUUCUCCCUCCCUUCUUUGUUCAAAUGGAGAGGAUAUAAGGAGAAUUCAGAUCCUGCAUGUCUUAAGAGAAAGCGUUCCCAAGCUAUUCAUAGUCUAAAGUUGAGUCGCAACCAUGUGGACUGGCACAGUGUGGAUGAAGUUUAUCUUUACAGUGAUGCAACAACAUCUAAAAUUGCAAGAACUGUUACACAAAAGUUGGGCUUUUCCAAAGCUUCAAGUAGUGGGACAAGGCUACAUAGAGGCUAUGUAGAAGAAGCUACGUUAGAAGAUAAGCCACCCCAAACUAGUCACAUUGUCUUUGUUGUGCAUGGUAUUGGGCAGAAAAUGGACCAAGGAAGGAUCAUCAAAAAUACAGCUAUGAUGCGAGACACUGCAAGAAAAGUAGAAGAAAAAUAUUUUUCCAAUCUUGCAACACAUGUUGAGUUUCUCCCUGUUGAAUGGAGAUCAAAACUUACCCUUGAUGGAGACACUGUGGACACCAUUACUCCAGAUAAAGUUCGAGGUUUAAGGGACAUGCUGAACAGCAGUGCCAUGGAUAUCAUGUAUUACACAAGCCCCCUGUACAGAGAUGAACUGGUGAAGGGGCUGCAGCAGGAGCUGAACCGGCUCUACACGCUCUUCUGCUCCCGGAAUCCAGAGUUUGAGGAGAAAGGAGGGAAAGUCUCAAUUGUGUCCCAUUCCCUGGGCUGUGUCAUCACCUAUGACAUUAUGACUGGCUGGAACCCAGUCAGGCUGUAUGAACAGUUGCUGCAGAAAGAGGAGGAGGAGGAACUUGAAGACCGUUGGAUGAGCUAUGAGGAGCAACAUUUACUUGAGGAACUUUACAUCACUAGACAACGGUUGAGAGAGAUAGAAGAGAGGUUACAUGGGUUAAAGGCAUCCACCAUAUCAAAACCACCUGUCUUAAAAUUUAAGGUUGAGAAUUUCUUCUGUAUGGGAUCUCCACUUGCAGUCUUCUUGGCACUGCGUGGCAUCCGCCCAGGCAACAGUGGGAGUCAAGACCACAUUCUGCCCAGGACAAUUUGUAAUCGUUUACUGAAUAUUUUUCAUCCAACAGAUCCAGUGGCCUAUAGACUAGAACCUUUAAUUCUGAAACACUACAGCAAUAUUUCACCUGUCCAGAUCCACUGGUACAACACUGCAAACCCUCUACCUUACGAGCACAUGAAGCCAAGUUUUCUUAACCCAACAAAAGAACCUACCUCAGUUACUGAUAGUGAAAGUGCUUCAGCUGCACCAAGCCCAACUACGUCACCAGUCAUGGUUCGACGCCACUACGGGGAGUCCAUAACAAACAUAGGCAAAGCAAGUAUAUUAGGAGCUGCAAGUAUUGGGAAGGGCCUCGGUGGAAUGCUUUUUUCCAGGUUUGGUAGAUCCAGUACAACCACCCCCCAGAGCCCAGAAACAGGAAAAGAUGGAGGUGACGGGGAGGACAAGAAGGCCACCACGGUGGGGACACCACCUCUGCCACACAGCGGCUCAGGAUUUCUGGAACCCAUAGUGGAACUGGAGCACAGGAUUGAUUUUGAGCUCAGGGAAGGCCUGGUGGAGAGCAGAUACUGGUCUGCAGUCACAUCACACACUGCCUACUGGUCCUCGCUGGAUAUUGCUCUUUUCCUUCUGACCUUCAUGUACAAACAUGACCAGGAAGAUGGUGACAAAUCCAAUUUAGACACUAUAUGAAUUUUUGUCUGGGGAUGGGAAAGGAAAUGUUGAAGCAAAUGGCACAAACCAGAUGUUUCACUGUUGAGCUGCAGUAUCCAUGGCAUGGAGGUUUCAGGUUUAAGUGCAUGUUUGGAUUUUUAUUUUUAUUUUUUUUUUCCUAUUUCUAAAGAGCAAAAAUGAUUUGUAUUUGAAAGCACUUUACAGUUUUAAACAUUUUGCAGUGCUGAAUCAGACCUGAAAUGAUUCCAAAUUCUUGGUACUUUUGACUGUCUGAAGAGCCAAUCCACCACGUAGCAUCCUGUGAGCAGGGUUGUGCAGUGUGCCUGGGUGACAUUCUUGUUAAUGACCAUAAUUGCUGUUCAGUUCAUGAAAAUAUAAAAUAUUAGUUGAUUAAAAAACAAACAAACAAACAAACCCAAACAAAAAAAAGCUAAAUUAAUUGCCAUUAACAAAAAUAUAUGUUAGAUACAAACCUAAAACUGCCAUGUUCUGAUGUUUUCUGUAUCAGUAAAUAACAAAUGCUGGUGUCAUUUUUCUAGGACUCUCUUCAGCCCCACAUCCAAUUAUCCACAGUAACAUAGAAAGAACCAUUCUGACUGCUGGCUUCUGAGGGCAUAUUGUAUGUGACCCAUUUAGAAACUAAUGCUGAAAAAAAGCAUGAAGCAAAUAUCUGAAAUACUGUAAUUAUAAUUUAUUAUUCUCUCUAAUUGUUUCAUUUUAUCCCAGUGUAUAAAACAUUACUUUUUUACUGGUUUCUUUUGACAUAAUUUAAGAACCACAUUUAUUUUCUACAGUGUGAAGACUUUUUCUCAGAAAUACAUAUCUUUGUACUACUAUUCAAAUGAAUAUAUGGACACUGUGGCACACUUUAAGUAUUUUUUCAUUAAAAAUAAAUAUUUGUGGUUUCACACAAA